AAGCGAGCGAGCGGUGGCGGGGCGGGAGGCUCGAGGCCAGCCCGGGACCGGGGCUGGGAGCUGGAAGGCGGCGGCGGCGGCGGCGGCGGCGGAGGCAGUGAGUGCCCGCGCUCCGACGCCCCCAGGCGGUGGGGCUGAGAGAGCCCCAAGAUGGCUGCGAGCGCUGACCUCGGCGUGUUCAGGAUGUUAUUGUUCCUGCUGCUGCUGCGGUUUCUGCCCCCCAUUGAGGGGUCCCAGCGUGCUGAACCCAUGUUCACUGCAGUCACCAGCUCGGUCCUGCCCCCUGACUAUGACAGCAACCCCACCCAGCUCAACUAUGGUGUGGCAGUCACCGAUGUGGACCAUGAUGGAGAUUUUGAGAUCGUUGUGGCAGGGUACAACGGCCCCAACCUGGUUCUGAAGUAUGACCGGGCCCAAAAGCGACUGGUGAACAUCGCAGUGGAUGAGCGCAGCUCCCCUUACUAUGCACUGCGGGACCGGCAAGGGAAUGCUAUCGGGGUCACAGCCUGCGACAUUGACGGGGAUGGCCGUGAGGAGAUCUACUUCCUCAACACCAAUAAUGCCUUCUCAGGGGUGGCCACAUACACGGACAAGUUGUUCAAGUUCCGCAACAACCGGUGGGAAGACAUCCUCAGUGACGAGGUCAACGUGGCCCGCGGUGUGGCCAGCCUCUUUGCCGGGCGCUCCGUGGCCUGCGUGGACAGGACGGGCUCCGGACGCUACUCCAUCUAUAUCGCCAAUUAUGCCUACGGUAACGUGGGCCCUGACGCCCUCAUUGAAAUGGACCCUGAGGCCAGUGACCUCUCCCAGGGCAUUCUGGCGCUCAGAGAUGUGGCUGCUGAGGCUGGGGUCAGCAAAUACACAGGGGGCCGGGGUGUCAGCGUGGGCCCCAUCCUCAGCAGCAGCGCCUCAGACAUCUUCUGUGACAACGAGAAUGGGCCCAACUUCCUCUUCCACAACCAGGGCGACGGCACCUUCGUGGAUGCUGCUGCCAGUGCUGGUGUGGAUGACCCGCACCAGCACGGGCGAGGUGUUGCCCUGGCCGACUUCAACCGUGAUGGAAAAGUGGACAUCGUUUACGGGAACUGGAAUGGCCCCCACCGGCUCUACCUGCAGAUGAGCGCCCACGGGAAGGUCCGGUUUCGGGAUAUCGCCUCACCCAAGUUCUCCAUGCCGUCCCCUGUGCGCACAGUCAUCGCCGCCGACUUUGACAAUGACCAGGAGCUGGAGAUCUUCUUCAACAACUUCGCCCACCGCAGCUCCUCAGCCAACCGCCUCUUCCGUGUCAUCCGCAGGGAACACGGUGACCCUCUCAUCGAGGAGCUCAAUCCUGGCGAUGCCUUGGAGCCUGAGGGUCGGGGCACAGGGGGUGUGGUGACAGACUUCGAUGGAGAUGGGAUGCUGGACCUCAUCUUGUCCCACGGGGAGUCCAUGGCUCAGCCGCUGUCCGUCUUCCGGGGGAACCAGGGCUUCAGCAACAACUGGCUGCGUGUGGUGCCUCGGACCCGGUUCGGGGCCUUCGCCAGGGGAGCUAAGGUUGUGCUCUAUACCAAGAAGAGCGGGGCCCACCUGAGGAUUAUCGACGGGGGUUCAGGCUACCUGUGUGAGAUGGAGCCCGUGGCACACUUUGGCUUAGGGAAGGAUGAAGCCAGCAGUGUGGAGGUGACGUGGCCAGAUGGCAAGAUGGCAAGCCGGAGCGUGGCCAGUGAGGAGAUGAACUCUGUGCUGGAGAUCUCCUACCCCCAGGAUGAGGACAGACUUCAGAGCCCAGCCCCACUGGAGUGCGGCCAAGGAUUCUCCCAGCAGGAAAAUGGCCAUUGCACGGACACCAACGAAUGCAUCCAGUUCCCAUUCGUGUGCCCUCGAGACAAGCCUGUGUGCGUCAACACGUAUGGAAGUUACAGGUGCCGGACCAACAAGAGGUGCAGUCGGGGCUACGAGCCCAACGAGGACGGCACGGCCUGUGUGGCUCAAGUGGCCUUUUUAGAUGACAGAGCUGGGACUCAGGAUAACUGAGCGCAGCGCUAGGGGACGGCAGACUGGUGCAGCCUUCUGACUCCCCCUUCCCACUCUUCCACCGCCUCCGUGGUCCCUGAUUCAAAACCGCAAGGCCCGGUGCAGCUCCAGGCUGCCGCACGCUGAGUUCUGCCAUCCGGCAGGCGCUGAAAUGACAAGCCCGUUAAAUAGCCCCUUAGAGGAAGAGCCGUGAGCUCGGCACUCUGCCCUGGGCUCUGCCAAGAGAAUAAAUCCUCCCAAAGUUGCCUGAGAAGGGUCGUGUGGAAACGUCAGAAGGCUGCACUCUGAAAGGAAGGAAAGAAACUGACGUUACCGAACGCCUCUGUCAUGCCAGGCACAUUCUAGGCCAGUUUCUCAGAUUCCUCAAAAACAAUUGUUCUCAAUCAUUUUUAGUGGGUGGUCACAUACUCCUUUGAGAAUCUGCUGAAACCUUCGAUCCUCUUCCCCAGAUAAAUGCAUGUUAUUUUGCAAAUAUGUGAAGAAGGUGGGUCAAGGUCAAGAGCUCCUGGUGUAAACCUGGGCUGUUUUAGGAUUUUCUUAGGUACCAGGGACCUUUCUUCUCUUUUGGAGGCCCCACCCCUCAUCAUAUCAAACAUUGUCAUAUAUAUCCACAACUCACACUAAAUUACACACACACACACACACACACACAACCAGAGUUAAGUUGAAUUACAGUGGACUGUUUGACAGUAUUACAUUUUGUAGAUAUGUAACAAAGUAUUAAUUUCAGCUUUGUGUUUACUUUUCCUAUUUUGGACCCAAUAAACUUUUUUGGUAAAUUUUA